AUGACGAAGUCGAAACAUAUAUCCACAGGUACUAGCUCUAUGAGUAACAAUGAUUAUAGUCUUCAACUGAAUCGAUGGUUCCUAAAACCAAUUGGUAUAUGGUCACAAAUAAACGGCUCAAACAAGAUACUCGUAUUGUUACACAUUUUUAUUUGCGUGAUCGUGAUAGCAUGUAUAAUGAUACCAUGCGCACUAUUCGUGUUAUUCGAAGAAGCCAACAUCAAACUGAAAUUGCUUGUCGUUGGUCCGUUGCUUCACAGAGUUAUGGGUUCGGUAAAUUACUGGGUGCUUUUGAAACGUAGUGGCGACAUUCGUAAAUUAAUACGACAUAUGGAAGAAGAUUGGAAAAUCAUAAAUAAGUUCGAAGAACGCGAAAUAAUGUUGCAGUACGCCAAGUUCGGUCGUUUCGUCGCCGGGAUCUGUGGGGUGAUUAUGCACGGCGGUAUAUGGCUGUUUAGCUUAGCCAGGGUGAUGAAGACUGUACCUGUCACUGUUGGCAACGAGACCUUUAGAACGCACCCGCUGACGUGUCCGGUUUAUAGCAAGAUCAUCGACACGAGAUUUAGCCCUGUGAAUGAAAUCGCAUUGGUUCUGCAGUUUAUGUCAACAUUUGUA